AUGGCGAUCUGGAUGCAACACGAUGUCUGCGCUGCGCUUUCGAGGCCAUCGCAUGCUCGCAGCUAUGUCAUGUCAGUCCGUCUCGCCCGCAUGAUCGGUAGCGAUAUCAGCAUUGAACCAAUCACGCUCUUUACGAGCGAACCGGGCCAUGCUUUGCUCCACUGUGACGCAGUGACCAUCUCUGAUGGAACAAGAAAUAUCAUUAUUAGUCAGAAGUAUUCCUCCCUCUCAUUCGUCCUUCAAGUACUCUGGAAUGUCGACACAACCAUGGUCGACGCUGUUGAGGCACUGGAAUCACCAACUAUCGCGGUGUCCACCAACAAGCGACACAUAACAGAAGAGAAGAGGGAUCUUCCAGCCUUGCAGCGUGCUAUCACCAUGAUUAAGUGGGGUAUUUGCAUGCGACAGUGUCCUUCUCCAUCGCUGCGUCGAGGCACUUUGUCGCGAAUGCUAGUGGCCGAAGAUAGACUUCCAGAUACAUACCGUGUCGACAUCGAAGAUGUUGCGAGGCAGUACUACAAGUUCCCAGAUGGCGGCCUGCAGGCAUUACUUUGCGGUGCCGACGUCCCCGGCAUUCCUCAGGUGGUCGCCUUCUCCGUAGGGAGAACGAUUCGGGGAGCGAACGUCGACAAGUACACGUUGCUUCCUGGCGAAAAACUGCGGCUCGCGGACCCCACGAUCGACCUGGAGCGUUGUACGCUGAAUCGGGAUAACCUGUACGCCGAUUUCGCAACGGCUUUGGAUCUUGCUGCUGUUGAAGGGAUCGAUCCCACAGGAGUAACGCUUGCGUUGAAACGGUUUGGCAUAUCUCUGCUUUGA